CAACUUUGUAUGUAUUUAUGUACGGAGAGAGAGAGAGAGAGAGAGAAAACAAUAAGUUAUUGUGUUAUUAUUAUUUUGUUCAUCAAGAACUAUGCUUUGUUCACGUUUUCUUUAUUUCCAAUCUGCUACUUGGCGAAUCGGUGUGUAACCAUCACGACCCAUUUUCGCAGCUUCACUUCUUCAUGUGGGUCGACCCGGGUUCUUCUUCUUCUUCCAUGGAGUUGGAUGAUACAGUGCAAGUUAAUGACCUGAAUUGUAUUGACGAGCAAUCUCUUUCUCCAGAAUAUUCUGGUGUUUAUGAUGUUUUUGGUGAACCAGACAUAUUUCCUCGGGUGGGUGAGCAGUACCAGGUUGAAAUUCCAUCCUUAAUUUCAAAAUCUGACUAUUACUGGCUUCUAAGGAAUCCUCAUGAGGCAGAGAGCACAGCAAGUAGUACUCUCCAUAAGUUUCGAGUUGGAUUACCAAUCCCAAUAAUUUGGAUUAAGGAUGGAGUAGAGAACAAUAGGCACGAUCACCAGAAAAAAGCAUGCAAGCCAAAUGGAGGUACCAAUAAAAUUGAAUCUUCAAAACUAGAACGUAUAAAAGAGACCUUGAAUGGUCUGGAUUGUGAUAAAUUGAAGCCUAAACUUGGGUCUGUGGACAGUACAUUGGCCAAUGGAAUGAAAUUGGGAGAAUCAGAAAAUUCCAAUAUGCAGCAAGAAACAGAGAUUGAGAUGUGCAAGCAGCAUAGAGAUAAAGGUCAUUGUUUAGUUCCUGGGGCUGCAAGUGACACCUGGAAUGAAAUUGAAGAGGCCAGUUUCAUCCUUGGCUUGUAUAUAUUCGGGAAGAACCUUUUUCAGGUGAAAAGAUUUAUUGGCAAUAAGAAGAUGGGAGAUAUACUGUCAUUCUAUUAUGGGAAAUUUUAUAAAUCUGACAAAUAUCAAAGAUGGUCUGGAUGUAGAAAAAUGAGAAGCAGAAAAUGCAUUUACGGCCAAAAAAUUUUCACAGGACCAAGGCAACAAGAGCUUUUGUCUCGUUUACUACCAAUUGUGUCAGAGGAAUGCUACAAUAAAUUACUUGAGGUGUCCAAGGCAUUUGUAGAGGGGAAAAUUCUUCUAGAAGAUUAUGUUUUAACUUUAAAGGCCUCAGUUGGGCUCAAAGCUCUUGUCGAGGGAGUAGCAGUAGGUAAGGGGAAAGAAGAUCUUGCAGGAACCGCUAUGGAUUCUAUGAAAUCCACUCAAGCACUUCCUGCUCGCCAAGAAAUACCAGUUGGCAAAGCAUGUUCAAUUCUUACACCUUCAGAAAUAAUAAGUUUUCUAACAGGUGAUUUCAGAUUAAGUAAAGCUCGAACAAGUGAUCUCUUCUGGGAAGCUGUUUGGCCUCGUUUACUUGCCAGAGGUUGGCACUCUGAACAGCCAGAUAGUCAUAAUUAUGCUGUUGGUUCUAAGCAUUCUCUGGUCUUCCUUGUCCCUGGGGUUAAAAAGUUUUCGAGGAAACUAGUGAAGGGGAAUCACUAUUUUGAUUCUGUUAGUGAUGUCCUGUGUAAAGUUGCUUCUGACCCUGAGCUAAUUGAGCUCGAGUCGAUUGCAGAUAAUGAUUGCACUAGCAAUGAAGGAUAUGGUUGGACAAAAGAUACAAAACUGGACCAUGAAAAUUCCCGUGAUCAACCACGCCACUGCUAUCUCAUGGUAAAAACUCCAAACUGCAGUACAGAUGUCAUGAAAUUUACUGUUGUGGACACAAGUUUGGCCAGUGAACAGAUGACUAAAGUGGCAGAACUGAGAAGCUUGCCAUUUGAAGUUUUAAAAGCUUGUACUUUUGAAAAUGACUCAGAUGAUGAGAAUACUUCUGCAGAGCAAACAAAUGAAUCCGAGUCUGUCAAUACCACAUGCUUGGAAAGGGGGAAGAAUGGCAUUACUAAAGCCAAUAAUACCACAUGCUUGGAAAGGGGGAAGAAUGGCAUUACUAAAGCCAAUAAUACCACAUGCUUGGAUAGGGGGAAGAAUGACUUUACUAAAGCCAGUAAAUCUAAUAUCAGUAAGGGUGUCUCUUCACUUUUGCAUGGUUUAAAACACAAUCCUUCAAAAGAGGAGCUUCCAAGGAGCAGCAUGGGUUCUAGUAGCCUAUCUGCUGCCUCCAAGGGCCCGAAGACAGAAUUCUUGAGUAACACACUCAAAAGAGAUGGUAUGAAAUGCCCAUCACUCCAGAGAAUGGUAUCUGACAAAAAAAAUGAUCUAGUCCCUGUUACAAAAAGACGGAAGAGAUUAACUGCCUGUAGUCGUGCAAAGAAAGAUAGUAACACUGCCAAUUUCUUUGUGGUUUCCAGGGUAAAUCAGGAGGAGGCCGGUUUUUGUCCGGAUCCAGACAAUUCAAAAUUUAGUGCAAAUGUAACUGCCAAAGUGUUUGUGGCUUCCAGAGUAAAACAAGAGGAAGCCAUUCCUCACAAGUCAAAAUGUAAUGAGAGUGUUCUUUCAUGGGAAAUCCCACCCCAGGAGAAAAAGUCAUCAGCAGAUUUGCCAAGCAAGAAAAACAAAACAUUAGCAGAUCCUCCGUCAAAUCCCAGCUCAAUCAUCAAUGGAGAAGCUGUUCCUGACACUAGUUCUUCAGGCACUAAGGAUCAAUGUGAUAAAACCCAGCCCCAGACUAUGAUUGACCUUAACCUACCUGUUCCACCAGAAGUAGAAGCUGGUGAACCUUUUGUGAAUGAAGUGGCAGAGAUGCAGAAAAACAACACAGGCAAGGAAUCAGACGAUCUCAGUGUUGUAACAAACGCCAAACUUAGUGAUCACCCAGACCAACAGCCUGACACGCACACUCGGAGGCAGAGCACCAGAAACCGGCCACCAACAACAAAAGUGCUAGAAGCUUUUGCCUUCGGGUAUCUAGACAGAAAGGAGAAGCGCAGAAGUAGAGAUUAUCUCCAGGACAGUUCAACAACAAGGCCUUCCCGACGAGUUUCUCGCAAAGUGACAGGCGCUAGUAUUGGUGGUACUGAUCUUGAAAAAGAGGUACAAACAGAUGUUGUCUGUAAUGGAAAUGGUAGCCCUAGCAGUGACAGUAAUGUGAUACACACAGGCUCCAAGUGUAAUGAAGGAUAAAUGAAACUAAGUUUGAAUCUAAGCAUUGGAAGUUUGAUUACCUGUUUCCAAUAUCAUCAGAUGGCAACGCAUGACAAAAACAAGAUAGCAACCUUUUCACUCAUUGAAAUGGUUCUGCACGUAAUGGAUGUUCAAUAUUAACUUCGAAGGAAGGUUUUUUAUAGCUUAAAACUUUCAAGUCUUUCCCUCUGAUCUUCCCAGCAGCUUUGCUAUCAACAGAAUCUGAGAUUUCUAGUCUCAUGGAGUUGAAGUUUUAUGCUUUUCUGGUUUCUUAGUUGCAGUGCCAGUCUUCAAUGUCAGACAAGGUUCCAGUGAACUUUUGCUGCACCUGGUUAUGAACAGAGUACACAGUAAGCCAAUGCACAUUAUCACUAUAGUUUUUUUUUUUUUUUUUAACUACUAUUAUUUUGUUGGGUCACAUAAUUAGAUGUUUAACCUCGUCAAGUUCUGUCAGAUGAUGACAGAAUAAAGGAAAACAGAGCAAUUACCAUAGGCUUUUCCCCUGUAUGGGUGUGUCGUCCUUGGUGAUGACUCCUAACAUUCAUUAUAUUAUACAUGCAUAUAUGAUGUGAUUUCAUCAUAAUUAUUUGUUGGUUAUUUGUAA